AGUCCCCGGGAUGUAAACAAACCAGGCUAGCGUCUCCGGCUGCCCCCAAGUUUGACCCUUUUUAACGUGUUUUCUCAAAUUUUUUAGCACCAGUACCAACCAUGGCGACUCAAAAUGACAAGAGAAGACAACUUGACGAUGAAAUGUCCAGGUUUGAGGCAGAGAUAUCAGGUCCACCUGGCUUAGGAGGUGUGCCUCCCCUGCAGCCACCGCCACCACCACCCAGGACAGUCAUCGGCUCUAACACCUUCACACAGAUUCAGCAGCAGCUUCAACAGCAACACAUUGAACCCCCUGGCACUGGUGGCCCCCACAGCCCUCACACUGGGGGUAUACCAGGUCUGCCUGGACCCCCUGGACCCCCAGGACCAUCAGGACCACCAGGACCACCAGGUCCACCAGGUCCAGGAAGGCCCCCAGGGCCUCCAGGAAAUAACAAUGGCAGUAAUAGUGUACCACCCCUACCUCCUCCUCCACCCCCCCCAGGUGGAUACAUUGGACCUGAUAUGCCUCCAGGACAGGGCCCAGGUCCCUGUAGCAUGCCACAGCAGCAGCAGCAGCAGCAACGGCUGCCACCACCACCGCCACCACCAGGGUUUAUUCCUCAUCAGAUCAACCGCCAGCAGCUUCCUCCCAACAUGAUGGGGGACAACACUCAGAUGGGUCCAAUGAUGGGUGGUGGUCCACCUGGGUUCAUGAGGCCUCCAGGACCACCCCGUCACAUGGGUCCACCAGGGCCACCAAGACACCCAGGGAUGGCUGGACCCCCCAGACAUCUUGGCUCUCCCAGGAAUGCAGGCCCACCAGGGCCACCAGGGUAUGGUGGACCCCAGCAUGGACCCUCUGGACCAGGCCCACAUGGUCCACCUGGCCAUGACCACCAUCAUGGGCCACCAGGACCACCCAAUCAUGGUGGUCCAGGGAUGGGGCCACAGGGGCCUCCUAUGCAUGGUCCUCCCACAAUGAACCACAAUUUUGGCCACUCAGGACCCAAUCAGAUGCCUUCCAACCCACCUGGUCCUCUGCUGGGUGGCCCAGGUGGCCUUCUGCCCCCAGGUGUUGGCCCUCUGAGGGGUGGUCACCCCCCACCUCCUCCCCCACCCCCUGGGGUGCUCCAGGCACAGCAGCAAGCACAGCAGCAGCAGGGCAUCGGCUUGCCCAACGCUCCCUUUGUCCCUGCUGUCAUUUCUAAGCCACCAGCUAUCAUCAGUUCUGCUCCCAAGCUGUACAGUUCCCAGGCAGUCAAGAACGAGAUCAAGCCCUCUGAGCUCCCUCCACCAGUGGUGGGGGUGAGUGUGGCACCACCACCCACUGUAGCACCACCUGACCCAGGGAUGGAACCAAAGAAGAAGAAAAUGAAGCCUGACAUUGCCACCACUCAAGCUCAGUCCUUGGCAUUUCUGACUCAUGCCCAGGAAAUGGCUGAAAAAGUCCGAGCCAGCACCAUAACAAUAGUAGCCCGGCCAGAUGCAGGAAACCCUGCUCCUCAGGGAGAGGAGAAGAAAAAGGAGGGCAAGUCCAGAAACAAGAAGAAUCUCAGGUGUGCUGGUGGCCAGAUAUGGGAAGACCAUUCACUCAAUGAGUGGGACCACGAUGACUUUCGGAUCUUCUGUGGUGAUCUUGGCAACGACGUAACUGAUGAACUGCUGACACGCUACUUCAGCCACUUUGCUUCCUUUGUCAAGGCCAAGGUGGUCAGGGACAAACGCACCAACAAAAGCAAAGGCUAUGGCUUCAUCAGCUUCUCUGACCCUCAAGAUUAUAUUCGGGCCAUGAAAGAGAUGAAUGGUAAGUACGUGGGGUCGCGGCCGAUCAAGCUGAGGAAGAGCACCUGGAAGGACCGGAACGUGGACAUGGUGCAGAAGAAACAGAAGGAGAAGCAGCUGCUGGGCCUCAAGUGAACAUUCUUUCUCUCUAUUUCUCUCUCUCUCUCUCUCUCUCUCUCUCUCUCUCUCUCUCUCUCUCUCUCUCUCUCUCUCUCUCUCUCUCUCUCUCUCUCUCUCUCUCUCUCUCUCUCUCUCUCUCUCUCUCUCUCUUGCAUUCUUUGUUUGAUUCUUUCUUGCAAUCUUUCUUUCUUUCUUUCUUUCUUUCUAUCUAUCUAUCUAUCUAUCUAUCAAACACACACACACACACACACACACACAGGAUGGGAAAUCGUUUGCUCAGUACUCGGGACCUCGUCGUCGCCGCCGCCGCCGCCGCUGCUGCUGGUGUUGGCGGCAUCUGGAAGAGAGCCAAAACAGAAAACGGGAGCAAGGUUUGUUGAGAACGUGGCCUGUCUCCGGUGGGUAAAAGUCAGGCGAGAUUUUCAUGUUGUUUUACGCAAAAUGAAUAAAAUAAUUAUGUAAAGUUUCAGAA